AUUCUUUAGGAGCUAUCACAGAGCCAAGACCGAAGGAAGAAAUGUCAAAUUGGAAAACACCAAAGGAAAAUAUGAAACGUCUUGAAGAAAAUGGAUACAAUAAAAUGGCCAUUGAUCACAUCUGUAUUCCUGAGUCAAAAAGGAUUCUGAGUCCUUGGAUACGUGUAUUCGGAAUACUCUGUCAACACUCUAUCCCCCCUUUGAGGCCACAGCAUCCACUGUUCUCUGUCAGGUUUUUGAUGUAGUGGAGAAAACAUAUUGUGGUGAUGGAUUGUGCUACCUUAUUGAUUCCUCGUCCCUGCUAAACACAUUCUGCAGUGCAUCCAGCAGGACGCUUGUUUUCAAUAUUGUGGAUUACUAUUCCGUUAUGAAGGCUGGCCUUUAUGCAUCUCUGAAAAAAUUGUAAUACAGCUCUCUGCACUUGACUGGCAAACUUUAAAACCUGGUGAUUUCUACCUUCAAGUUGUUCCACAUUUGCAAAAGACACCAUGUAUUAUAUUAAAAUGCCUUGCAGCCAAUGGUUACAAUGUGGAGGAAAUAUUAAUUCCAGAGGUCUCUUAUACUUGUAUCUUCACUAUGGAAUGGUUGGACAAUAUUAACAAGAGACGGAUAGGAACAACUUUACAAAAUUGCCUAUUAUCUACUGACAACACUACUUUUCGAGUACCUUGGGAAAAGGUGGUAACUCCUGAAUUUAUUGACAAACCAAAAAUGAUAGGAAGCACGUCAUCAGUAAACUGGACUGUGGAUCAAGAAGUUGUUGGCAGCAAUUCAAACAAUAUACAGAUCAGCAAUUACAGUGGACAGGUAGAAAACCCAUCUGAAACAAAACCAAACAUAUUUACGAAAGAAAACCAACUGAAGGUCCAGCAAAUUAAUCUUACAAGGGCUUUACAUCAUCCUGUAAGUAAUGUUGCAGAUACUUUACUUAAUUCAGCAGCAGCCAGUUUAAGAGAACUUGAAACAGAAUAUGUAGAAAUUAAUCAAAUUUCAGUAAGUGAUAGUGAUUUGUCAUCAGAAGCAAGCAGUUCAAGUUCAGACUUGCAACAUGCAUUGAGAACUAAUGAAACAUCAGAAGUGAUUCCUUUCGAACCUUUGAAUAUCAACACUUGCAACAAGAAAUCAAUUUGUUUAAAUUACAUGGAAACAUCUUCAACUGUAGCUUGGCCCAAUUUAGAAAGAAUACAUAAUCCAUUUAAAUUUCUUGCUGGUGACACAGAGGCAUUCAAUCAGCAAUCACUUACAGAUACUAUUAACAGUAUAAAUAAAGAAUUUGCAAAAUUAGAGCUGUGGAGACUGAUCUUCACAAAAGCAAAAUGCAACAGGAUUUUAAUUUUUGCUGUGAAAAUAUGCAUAUUUUAUUUAGUCAGACCACAGAUAGCAUAGAGGAAAUUGUAAACAGCCAGCCUUUAGAACCAGUGGUCUGUAACCAGACACAGACUUCUGCUCAAGAUUCGCAAGACGGACAAUUUCAUGGUUCUUCUGGUAAUUCAUUAUCUACACCAUGUAAUAAAAAUAUAAUUGAUAUGAAAUCACAUAAAGAAAUGCAAGAGGUGUCUGAGCAGAUAGAAUAGAAAAUGCUCACUGUAAGUACACAGAAAUUGGAAAACAGGAUUUUCAUUUAAAUCAGUUGACUGACUGUAAUGUAGCUAACACUGGUGAACUUGUAAAUAUUGUUGUGAAUUCACCAUCAGAGUACAAGCAGUCGUCAGCUAAAAACUCAGAACAGAAAAUUGCAAUGGCCCAACAAUCGGCGUAUUCUGAGCAUAUACAGUUUAAUGGGCAGAAUAUUAUCCAAAAAGUACCCUUUAUCAAAAAUACAAAUCAACCAAACUUUGUUCAUGCAUGCGCUGAUACGCAUUUAGAUGGCUGCAGAAUCUCUUCGUCCCAGUUCUUAAACUUUGAAGGGUCUAUUUUAUGUGAAGACUUUGCACUUGUUGAAAAUAUAGAUUCUUCUUCAAAACUCAGCCAUAACCAUAAUGUGAUGAAAAUUGAUCACUUGAUUAAAGAUGUUGAAUCUAUAAUUUUGCAACUGGAUAAUAGCAGAGAUGAUACAUUAUUAAAUGAAGGAAUAAGCUCUAUAUUUGGUGACAAUUUGCAGCCACGUUUGUCAGAGCACACUGAGUGUACAGAAACACAUGGGUCCAAAUGUAUGACACACUUAGAGCGAGAUCAUGUGUUUCUGACAGAGGAAAGUGCACUAUUGCAUGAAUGUUCUGUUAUAAAAUUACAAACUAAUCAGCAAUUUCAAGUUGAUGCAUUGCAUCAGGGGUCUGAACAUGGGGAACAUGGAAAUGUAAAUAACUUACAGAGCGAAUUCUGCAAACAAAAACUCAGUGACAGUGAAGAUUUGAACCUGACUGACACCUGUAAUGUAAUGUUACUUGAAGAAGAACAACAAGCACAAGAGAAUAGAUACCUGUCAGUACAGACCUUGGAAAAUGAGACCACUGUGCAGAAUAUCUUGGGAUUCGAUGCUGUAAAGGAAGGUCAAAGUAAGCGAUAUUCUACUGUUGAAGAGUAUUGGUCAAACGUGGAAACCACUGGAUCUAGCAUUAUUCACUCAACUAUAAUGGAUAUAGAAGAGCAGGAAUUGACUUCUGCAAAUGAAGAGAGAAAUGAAAAAAUACCAUUUGCUGAUAAAAAUGAUAGACAAGAUUCGAUAAAGCUGUGCUCAAUCAUCACAGGAUUCUUCAGAGGAUCUUAAGGAGCAAGGAGACUGUCUAAUUGGGAAUAAAUUGGAAGGAAUUGGUUCAGUAACAAAUGAGACAUUGGAUACAGUAAAAGGAAGUACAGAAGAUGAAAAUCUCAACCUAACAGAUGAACCACCAAAAAUCUCACUAAUUACAGAGUGCAUUGUAAACAGGCAAGAACUGCUGACAGUUGAACAACCGGCGAUCUCACCUCCCUUACUCUUAAAACCUUAUCUGCCAACACUGUGCCAUGAAAUCAACUUUGAUGUUCUGAAAUCUGGGGUAGCAUAUUU